AUGGUACUAGGAGUGACGACAAUGGAAUAUGAUAAGGAAAUAACAGACCUCACCUUGAGUGACGACGAAGUGGAUGAACCAACACCUUCGUCCAGUAUGACAAAAGAGCAGUUGGAAAUGCGAAUCGAAGCCUUAAAAUACUUGUUAUUGUCGCCAGUAAAUUUUACUGAAAUAUAUUAUGCCUGCACUCCCUUUUCCCCAUCAAAUGACCAGUAUAACUUUAAAUAG